GCUGACGUUGCGACGCAAACGCAUAGGAAGCGCGAAACGCUUUCCCAUUAAACGCAAAUUUGUUGCGAAAUUGAUUGGCGGGAUGCGAGCAAAAUAGCAGCUGGCGCGAGAGCCCCUUCAUUGCCGCGCUUAUGCGUACGUGGCCACCGUUGGAAGGGGAAGAAGUAUCCACUUGGGUGACGCAACAUAAGUGGGAGUUCCCCCCAGGAGAUGCUCCCCUAAUUUUAUUUUUCCCCAUGAGAUGUUCCAUUUUACUGUUUUUUUUUCCCCACGUGAGGCCCACUUCAUUUUUAGGGCACCCCUUCCCCCUUUGAGUAACUCCCUUUAACCGUAGGGGAGGUUAGCGGAGAGCGCCUGUCCGCCGAGGGAUGCCGCUCAUCAUUCCGCGUUUGUCCCCCCCCUCCCAAUUGAAAAGUCCUCAAAAGGGAGGAGCUGCCCACUCAGCUACACCCAACUGAGCAGCGCUGUAAAGCCUCAACUGACGCAGGUCAUUACGCAAGCGUAUGGAUAGAGGACCUCUUGGGCACCUGUCGCUGAUGCAAAGCUAAGACACGGUGAACAUCUGGGGACCUUCCAACCGAGCCUUUCGCACGAUGAACCCGAGCAGCAACGAUAAGAAGAGAAACCUGCCCGCCUACGCGGAUGAGGAUGACUACGAUGUGUCCUGUGCCGGGGCGGCGGCGAACGUGGCGGAGGCGCCAUCGGCUAACGUAGUGACAGCCAACGUGGCGUCAGUCAACGUAGCGGCAGUCAACCUACCGACAGCUAACACCGCUCCGCUCAAUGCGGCUCCGCCCAACGCCGCUUCCGCGGUGACGAUGCACAACCCGUAUUUCUACCCGGGGGCCAUCAUCCCGCAGUUCCCCUUCAACACGCCCAUGUACCAGCAGCCCAUGGGCUACGGCCACAUGAUGCCCUACUGCGACUACGGCUACGUGAAUAAGCGCUCCACGAAGAAGAAGAAAAAUUACCAUCACUAUUCGAGGCAGCAAAACAGCGGGCUCUCCAUCCUCAAGGAGGCCCUCGUGGACCCCUGGGCCCAGCAGUACGCCAAGUACCCCAACAUCAUUUUUGACUGA